AGACAGAGGCAAAGGAAGCAAGAUCAUCCAGAUCCAUGGCGGGGGGAGGCGUGUGGGUGUUCCGGAAGGACGGGGUGAUGGAGCUGAUGAGCGCCGGGGUGCAGCCGUCGGCGGCGGCGGCGCCGAGCAAGAAGGCGCUGGUGUACGUGCCGGCGAACGAGACGAUGCGGUCACUGGAGGCGCUGGAGCAGCGGCUGGGGUCGCUGGGCUGGGAGCGCUACUACGAGAACCGAGACAUCGUGCAGCUCCACCGGCGCGACGGCGGCGUCGACCUCAUCGCGCUCCCGCGAGACUUUGCGAAGUUCCGGUCCACACACAUGUACGACAUCGUCGUCAAGAACAGGCACCACUUCAAGGUUGUCGACAUCUAGACAUGCAUCAUACAUUUACCUAGUUAUUACUUUCCCCGGCCAAGGUUGCAAGUAUGUUUUGCAAAUAAGCGCACGUGGACAAUGGUGUGCGUGUCGUUCUAUAUGAGUGUAUGUUUGUACUAGUACUACUAAUAGUUUCUGUGUAACAUAUGAUGAUGUUUUUGUA